AUGAGCGCGGUGGCAGCGCAGACGGAGCGGAGGAUGGAGAUACAGGCCCCUCUGACGGCUGUGUACAUCCACACAGUGCCUGCUCUGCCCACUCAGCCUGCUCUCGCUGUAGCGGACCCCAAUGCUCUGCAUCUGAGCAUGCCGCCGCUUUACUCCAAGGAGACGCUGCCUUUCCUCACACUGCACAUUGCUGGGGGAAUCCAGCCAGGACUGAGCGUCACAGCCACCCCUCCUGCAGCCAAACCCAAAUCAGCAGGAAAACACUUGUGUCCUCAUUGUGGACGGGACUGUAUGAAGCCCAGUGUUCUAGAGAAGCACCUCCGCUGCCACACCGGGGAGCGGCCAUACCCAUGCACAGUCUGUGGAGUGUCUUUCAAAACUCAGAGCAACCUCUAUAAGCACAAGCGCACACAAGCGCAUGCACGACUCUCAUCUGAAUCAGAGCAGAGCACUGUGGGCAGCCUGGACAGCUUGUCCCGCUCAACAGAGACGGCCAGUUUAUUUGUGGACGAGCCAACUGAUGAGUCUAUGGGAGCAGAAAGAAAUGCAAGUUUACGAUUAUCAUCUCCAUCUGUUACCCAAACAAUGGAUAUAAAUGAUAAAAACGUUACUCCAAAAACAGAACCACUAGUAACACACUUUCUGGCAGAUGACAAAGCAACCAAAGAGCACCUUCCUCCAUCAAACCGCCAUGUUGUUCUUCAGAGACAAGAAGCAACUUUGUUUUCCAAACAGUGGGACAGCUCUGUGUCCAGUAAAUCCAAAAGCCAUGAGAGUACUGACUCCGGCUUCAGUGAGAGCAGUGAGCACUAUCCCAGCCCAGGAAGUCUGCUACCUGACCACAGCAUGGAUUCUCUGACAGAGACCAGCACAGAACAAGGAGAGGAUUCUAAUCGCCAAAUAGAGACUCAGGAAGAUAAAAAUGCCACCAAAGAACAGGAAAAUAAGAGCUUAGAGGAACGCAUAUCCAAACUAAUCUCACAAAACAGUGCCGUUGUGGAGGAUAAACAUCUAGAACACUCAGUGAACCAGCAAUCGUCCAACCACCGGCCCCUUGUCCGCCAAGCAGCUGUAGACUGCAACAAUGCAACAGAAGCUCUUAGUAAGAACUCAUCUGUAGACGAGGCCUGCAUGAGCAGCCCCUCCAGCCACGGUGAGGCAGAUGACACGUGCGGGGAUACAAGCAACAGAAAGUCCCGGAGGAAAAAGGCACAAAAGUUUGCCUACAACAAGUGGUACAUGUAUGGAGGUGGAACAUUCAAGAAGUUGUACGACAUGGAGAAAGGAAUUUAUCUCAAACAAAUCACACCUCUGAAAAGACUUCCCUGGAACCAGAAGACCAACAUGUGUCAUCAGUGUCAACAGGAGGAACCAAAUCAACAGCUGUGUCACACGUCCCAGACUUUUCUGCAGGGAGUAAGGAGGUCUCUCCUGUUGGACGUGUGGAACAGCCCUCCCACACUGGGGCCCCUGAGCACUCUGAGCAGAGCCAUGUGCCAUUGUUCACAGACAGAGGAGGCUUUACAAACAUUCAGCUGGACACGCAGUUGCCCCCCAGAGGAGCCUCCAAGUGGGGCAGUGCGGGUGGUGCAGAGUGUAGUGGAAGCGGAGGACAGCAGUGAUGAUGAAGGGAAGCUGAUUAUUGAGCUUUAG